AUGCGUCUCCGCCUCUGGGUGCUUUCAACCCUCUUCGCCGGCGGCGCGCUGGCUUCCGGAGACUCCGACGCACCAUCCGAGCUCAACGCAGGACUUCAAGGUGCCAACGCUGGCUCUGGGAAGAGGCUGCCGAGGCCGUGGUAUCAAAUCUACGAGAGCAACGUCAAGACGAUCAUCUUCUACUCGCUGAGCGCCGUCGUCGUGAUCGGCUUCCUUGGCGACAAGUAUUACGAGCACCUCCGGCUCCGGCGGAAGAGCGCGCGCACCACGUCGCAGACGCGGAAGCAGGAGAGGCCGCUGGACACCGGCCGGCAGGAGGUGCUUGCAGAAGCGAUCAAGACAGUGAUCCGGCGCAGGGGUCCAGAUGCUUGA